UUCAAACACUGUGUUUUACUUUCAUCUUUUUCCUUCGACACUUGAGAGAGAUGGCUGAACAGAUCCCCUAUGGUGUUGCUACUUCACUCAUCAACAAGAUUGCUUCACUUGCCUUUCGUGAAAUCGGGAGGAUCUAUGGAGUCAUGGAUGACCUUGAGAAGCUGAAGGACACUUUGGAAUCCAUCCAAGUCGUGCUUUCUGAUGCUGAGCUCAAACAAGGCCAGAAUGCUACUGUUGCCCACUGGAUCAAAAGGUUCAAACAAGUGCUCUAUGAUGCUGAUGACUUGCUUGAUGACGUCUUCAUCAAAGACUUGCGUCGCAAAAGAAUGAGUCAGGUGCGUGGCUUCUUUUCCAAAUCUGUGAAUCCAAUUCUUUUCCGUGCUAAGUUAGCUCGUAAGAUUACGAAUAUUCGAAAGGAGUUUAAUAAUGUUGCUGAAGAGAUGUCUAAGUUGAACCUGAAUCGGAGUUCGGUAAUUCUUAAGCAAGAUGAGUGUGCCUGGAGGGAAACAAGUUCUUCCGUUCUGGAAUCAGAGAUAAUUGGAAGGGAAGAGAAUAAGAAUGAGAUUGUUAACCUGCUGAAGCAAACUCAUCCGAACCAAAAUGUUUCUUUAAUUGUUGUUGUUGGUAUGGGGGGUUUAGGCAAGACAACCCUUGCUCAGCUAGUGUACAAUGCUGCUAAAGACCAGAACCUCUUUCAGAAAUAUAUAUGGGUGUGCGUUUCAGAAGAUUUCGAGGUGAAAACUAUUUUGAAGAAGAUGCUGGAGUCUUUAAAGAAGGAUGCUGGUGGUGACUCAUUAGAGGCCCUACAACAGAAGUUGCGAGAAGAAUUGAAUGGGCAAAAUUAUAUGCUUGUGCUCGAUGACGUGUGGAAUGAAGAUCAUUUAAAGUGGAGUGAUUUAAGAACUCAUUUGAUGUGUGGAGGUCAUGGCAGUAAGCUAUUAGUAACGACUCAUAGUACAUUGGUUUCUCAAGCAAUGGGUAUUGACGAGCCGUAUGUUUUGAGAGGUUUGACAGAGGAGCAAUCAUGGACAUUGUUAAAGAACCUGACAUUUGGUGAAGAUAGCAGCAAAAUGAGCUCUGAAUUGCAAACAAUCGGAGAGAAAAUCGCAAAGAAGUGUAGAGGAGUGCCAUUGGCGAUCAAAACAAUAGGAGGCUUCUUACGGAUAAGGGUUGAAGAAAUUGAUCAAUGGUCAAGUCUUUUGCAUGGUGAUAUUUGGAGGUUAUGUGAAGAAGAGGAGAGUAUCAUGCCGGUGCUAAAUUUGAGUUACCGAAACUUGCUUCCUGAACUAAGACAAUGUUUUGCUUAUUGUUGUCUAUAUCCAAAGGAUUCAGUAAUCAAAAAGGAUGAAUUGAUUCAAUUGUGGAUGGCUCAAGGUUAUCUUGCAAGUCCAAUUGAAACACAAUCUAUGCAAGAUGUAGGUAAUCAAUAUGUCAAGAUUUUGUUAAUGAGAUCAUUUUUUCAAGAUGCAUCAUCAGAUAAAUGUGGUCAUAUUGAGUCCUUCAAAAUGCAUGAUUUGAUGCAUGAUCUUGCAACCUCCGUAGCUGGAAAUGAUUGUUACUUGGAUAUUAAGGGAAAAGGAAUUGUUGGAAGACCCAUACAUGUGACAUUUGGAAUUCGCACCUAUCGUUCAUUGGAUGUGUUUGAUGUUUGCAAAUUACGGACAAUCAUCCAUUGCGAUUUCCCUACCAAUUUAUUGGCCAAACUCUCUUCUACGAAAAAGCUGAAGUACCUUCGUGCUUUGAAUUUCUCAUUUAAUUUUAUGAGACAGCUACCAAAGUCCAUUGAUAAAGUCAAACAUUUAAGAUAUCUUGAUCUUUCAUCCUCUCUGGCAAUAAGAAGUUUGCCUGAAUCGAUUGGCAAUCUUGGUUGUUUGCAAACAUUAAAAUUAGAACAUUGUCAUUGUUUAGUUAGUUUGCCUGAAUCGAUUGGCAAUCUUGGUUGUCUGCAAACAUUAAAAUUAAAAGGUUGUAAAUCUUUAGUUAGUUUGCCUGAAUCGAUUGGCAAUCUUGUUUGUUGGCAAACAUUAAAUUUAAAAGAUUGUGAAUCUUUAGUUAGUUUGCCAGAGUCGGUUGGCAAUCUUAUUUGUUUACAGUCAUUGAAAUUAAAUGAUUGUGAGCAACUUGUUUUUCCAACAAAAAUUAUUUCAAAAUUGAUCAAUUUGAAGGAGCUCGACAAUGAAUGUUGUAAAGCCUUUGAAGACGGCAUGCCAGUCGGAUUGGGGAAAUUGAUUUCAUUGCAAUCCUUACCAAGUUUUGUAGUAGGGAAUGACAAAAAAGAUACAAGUGGCAAAUUGAAUGAACUGAAAGAGUUUGACCUCAGAGGCAGAUUGACCAUUCGUAAUUUGGAUUUGGUAAAGGACGCGGCAUCGGAAUCUCAUGAGACAAAUAUGAGAUCAAAGAAACACAUCCAAGACCUUUCUCUGUUAUGGGGGCCAAGCUCUGAUGAUUCCAGUGAAUAUGAAAUAAGAAAGAGUGAGAGCUUGGUGUUAUUGGAUAAUCUUUGUCCCCAUCAAAAUCUGAGAUCACUACAUUUGGAGGGCUUUCCAGGAGUGAGGUUUUCAGAUUGGCUUAUCUCGCUAAUUCAUGUUGUUUGCAUAUCUCUUGAGGAUCUUCCCAAUUGCAAGCAUCUCCCACCUUUGGAAAGACUGCCUUGUCUUCGUGAACUCAAUAUUGAGCAUAUGGGAUCGCUGGAGUGGAUGGAUUAUUAUGAAAAUAUUGGUGAUGUGUUCUUCCCGUCUUUAGAGCAACUCAGCUUCCAAUUCUGUGAGAACCUGAGGGGAUGGGAGAUGUUAGGGGAUGAUAAGAAUGAAAAUGAGACUCAAAACCAUCUUUCUCUACCUCCUUUUCCCCGUCUGUCUUCUCUCGUAAUUAAUGAUUGUCCAAAGUUGACAUGCAUUCCUUCUUUCCCACACGUUGAGGAGUUGGAGUUAGAAUGGGAUAGUAACGUGAAGCCGAUGUUGGAAACAUGUAUGGUUAAGCAUGACUCUUCAUCCAUCUCUCCUCUCUCUCAUCUCAAGCGCUUGUGCCUUGUGGAAGUUACAGAUAUAGAAGCAAUGGCAGAGGACUGGAUGAAAAACCUCACAUCGCUCCAGAGUCUCCGCCUCAGUGGAUCGUCAGCCAUUCAGAUUCUGUCACGACACUUGCAAUAUCUUCCUUCUCAACUUCAACAGUUGGAUAUAAGUUUCGAUGACGACAAGCUUGACCUCUGGAAACACACACAAGGUCGUGGUCCUCCUCAUGCGCUCUCUUCUCUGCAGACAAUCUGCUUCUACGAUUGUGAGAACAUGAAGGCUUUACCAGAGCAGAUUGGCAACCUCCAAUCACUAAGGGUUUUAGAGAUUAGCGAUUGCCCUAAAUUAGAGUCAUUGGAUGAAGGUGACCGUUGCCUUCCCAACAUACACAAACUGGAGAUCUUUAACUGUCCAAUCCUAAAGCGCAAAUACGACCCUGAUAGUGGAGAAGAUCGGGCCAAGAUAGCUCACAUCCCAAAGAUAUACAUACACUGUGUUUGAUCCCCUCAAAAGGGGAUUCUUGCAAAUCAUUUUCUUCUUGCCAUACUUUCAAAUUUCAAUAGGCCCAUGUCUGCUGCUUCAAUGGGAAGAUACAAAUAUUUGGUCUCAUCAUUCCAUUUUGCAAAAUGUUGAAUCUUCAAGAUGGUCAAAUUCUGACCCAGUUCCUCCUUUGGGUGCAACAGAGAUUAAAGUAGCAUGCAAAGGAAGUUACAUUCAGCUACAAGCCAAUUACCACUAGCUUCAAACUUAUUUAGAUUAUUUCCAGAAGAAGCAUCAGAGAUGGAUUAAGAGAAAUGUUGCUGGUAUUGAACUACUUGAUCUGCUUCUUCUGGUGUGGAACACCUCUUAUGUCAUCACCUGUCUUAAUUUAGUUGGAGCUCCUUCCAGUCUUUGCAAUAUUUGCGGAGAAAGAAAAGUUCUUGGGCAAUGAUACUAACUCACUAUCCAAUAGAGCGCCAGUUCUUAGAAGAUUAUUGGGUUUGGAUUCUCAUAUUGCCUCUUCAUUUUCCUUGUUUAUAAUUAAAUUUUCCAUUCAAGCAAGAGCAUUAUCUGGCUUCAUGUGAUAACGAUUAAAUGACUAGUUGGAUCCAUAUAUGGUUUUGUGGCAUCUCCUCCUCCUGAUGGCCAUGCCGAAGGGAGCGGGUAGAGUUUCUCAGCAGGUCAUUUCAAGGCACAGUGGAGAUUGUUUUAUUUCUUGCUUCAUGUGAAAGAUUUUUCUACAUUUGAUUUUAGGUUGGUGAUUAUGUAAUAUGGGAUGUUGCUAUUAGAGACGCAACAUGGUAAUAGGAGGUUGGGUAUGAAUUGGCAUGAGUGUUUAUUGGGAUAGGCUUAUUGUACGAAAAUUUAUUGUUCAAACUUCCCAUUUUUAUGUAUGUUGUUCUAUGAUCUGUGAUGUGAUAUCUUAAACUUUGAUGUAUCACUUACUGUGUUUUCCUCUUGUUUUGGAAGCACACUUUAUUUGAGGAGUGUUACGGGGUUAUUAAAUUUUAUGAUUUGCAAACAUUAAUUAGUUAUUAUUGAUGUUUUU